AUGGAGAGCCAGGGGGUAUCGAGUAACGAACGACACGGCAGCGCAGCAGCGGGAGGGGAAAAAAAAGAAAACGGGGGGGAAUCCACAGAUGGGCAGCCUCCUUGGAAGAGCCGCGAGCGAAGUCGGGAGAACCGGGAGCUUGGAAGAGUCAACCUGGAAGAAUCAAGAAAGGAUUGGACGGCGACAGGAGGGGAUUGA